GAACCUUCUCAACGCCAUUGAAGCUCGGUAGACCGUCUUCAUCGUCAAGAACUUGAUAGUUCCAUGAAGAGAGAAGGGGAUUAGGGUUUUUCCAUCUUCCCGAUUCCAUCGAAAUCCAUUGCAAUUUGCAUUGCUUCUUUCUAGAGAUGUGGCACGAAGCGAGGAGAUCCGAAAGGAAGGUCCAUGACAUGAUGGACGCUGCUCGAAAGCGAGCUCAAAGGCGCGCUGUCUUUCUCGCCAAGCGCCGUGGCGAUCCUCAGCAAUCAAUUCAGGUCGUUGGAACUCGGUGCCGUGUCUACCGUGAUGAUGGUCUCUAUCAAGCAACUGAGGACCAACAAGGCCUGAUUCCUUGGAAUGGAAAGCAGGAUGUUAUGAUUGAUCGAUUUGAUGGACGUGCCUUGCUUGAUUUCAUCCGAGAACCUGGAUCCCGGCAUAUUCGAACACAUGAAAAAUCUGAGGAAGAAGAGGAGUUAGAAGAGUUUGUUAAUUUUCAGCGUUAUCGGGAUUUAAUUAAGCAUCGGCGUCGAGGAUUUAAUGAUGAGGAUGGUUUACAACACGUAAAUCAAGAAAUGGAGGCCAAGAUGUCUGCUCCAUUUGUAUCUGAUAGAUCUCAGCAACCACAGCCUCCUUCUGCAAGCAAGGGAUCAUAUUCGCAAGUGGGGUUUUCUUAUGAGGCGGAUGGGAAGGAGGAAUCAAAUUCAGAUGCUGAUGAUAAUGCUAGUGAUGAUGAAGAUGAUGAGGAUGAUGAGUAUGAGGAUUUUCAUAGUGAUGACAGUAAUGAUGAAGGAAUGGAGGUAAUAGCAAAAGAGUUUGGAGUGAAAAGAUACGGAUGGCUUGUUUACAUGGAUAAGAAGGCUAAGGAGGAAGAGAAGAGACAAAAGGAAAUAAUCAAAGGUGAUCCUGCUAUUAGGAAGCUAAGUCGCAAGGAGAGAAGGAAAGCAUCUCAAAUGGAACGGGAAAGGGAAAGAGAAGCUGCACGAAUUACUGGUACCAGAGUCCUCCAUCAUGAUCCUUACCGGGAAUCUAGACGAAGUCCAACUUAUGAUGCUUAUCCACGUUCUAGAAGAUCCAGGUCUAGAUCACAUUCCCCGUCACACUCAAGGCAUCAUUCUCAUGGCCAUUUUGAUGAUGUUCAUCGGAGCAAACCAAAGACUCCAAAAAUUGAAUUCAUCACUGAAUUUGGGGGAUCUGGCGAAAGCAAGGAACCGAGGCUAGAAGGACUAUCUCCACCACAAUCUCCUCCAUCUCAGCCUGAUAUGAUAAACCGGCCAUCAUCUGGUCGGAUCCUUGAGGCAUUGCAUAUUGAUCCAGCAUCUGGCGUGACACUUGAUAAAGAAAAGAGCAGCAGAGCAGUAAAGCCCUCAGUAAGUACUUCGUCAGCACUUGCAAAGUUAACGAAGGCAAGUUCUUCCGGGGGGCCUUUAAAGCUGGGGGAAAAGAAAGAAACUCCGCAGGAAAGACUUAAGAGGAUCAUGAGUCAACAGCUCAAUAAACAAAUUAAGAAAGAUACAGCUGCAGAAAUGGCUAAAAAGAGAGAGCAGGAGCGCCAGAGACUAGAAAAGUUAGCGGAAACUAGCCGAUUAAACAGUCGUAGGCAUCGGAGCCGCAGCAGAAGCUACAGCCGUUCACCAAGAAGAAGAUACCGCCGUAGUAGAAGUAGGAGUAGAAGUAGAAGUAGAGGGUCACGAAGAUAUUAUUCUCGUUCUCGAUCUCGUUCUCGCUCCCGCUCUCGAAGCCAUUCUCGUUCACAUUCCCGUUCUCCUUACUCUCGUUCACAUUCCCGUUCUCCUUACUCUCGUUCACCAAGGGUUAGAAGUCGUACAAGAUAUUAAGAAAGGGAAGUGCUGAAUCUUUUGUUGAAUAUUAUUUCAUUUUCAUCGUACUCUACUUCUUAGCUCCGAAAAUAUUUGUUAUGUUUCUAACCUUGAACUUAUGUAUUAUAAUGCGAGCUCUGGAUUGGUUCCUUUCUCGAGUUUGUAUUCGUUUAUAUAUAUAGCUAAGAAAUUUCAAUGGUCUUAA